AUGGCUGCCUUAUCAUCGAUGAUGACGAGAAGCGUGGCGUUCUGGCGCCUCCCGAGAGCCUUCCCGAGAAACCAACCGUUGGUGGCGAAUUCCAGCCUCUUCUUCCGCCGCACGUGGAAGUUCUCCCGCAUCUCCUUCUCCUCCGCCACCUCCAAAUCCAAUAACUAUAACCAGGGCUGGAACGCGGCGGACCAUGACAAAAACCGCGACAACGUCACCGGCAAGGCGCGAGACAAGGCCGAGGAAAUGAAGGACUACGCGCGCGACACGACAGAGAGCGCCAAGGAGGCAGCCCGUGGCGCCUCCGAGAGGGCGAAGGAAGGGGCGUACAAGGCGGCGGAGGCGGCCGACAGCACGAAGGAGAGGGCGAAGGAUUACGCUUACGACGCCAAGGAGAAGGCGAAGGAAGGCGGGGAGAAGGCGAAGGGGGUGGCGGAGAGCGUGACGGAGAAGGCGAAGGAGACGGUGAAAGGGGCGUGGGAGGCGGCCAAGGACACGACGGUGAAGAUCAAGGAGACGGUGGUCGGGAAAGACGACGAUGACGAUAUGACGAGCAGCGGGACGAGUAGUGAGGAGGAUGAUGAUGAUGGUGGUGAGAAAGGGUGGCAGACGGUGGAUGCUGACGUGGCGGAGCUGAGGCGGCGUGCCGACGGCGAGGGGAGGAAGAAGGACGACUUCUGAUGAGGUUGGGUUUUGAAGUUGUGGUUCUGGCUAGGGUUUUGGAUGGAUUUGGGUGGAGCGUGGUUCAAUAAUAUGUGGGUUGGUUGGGUAAUUAGUUGGCUGGCCCGUGGAGCAAGGGUUUGGGCCAGGGAUGGGGAAUUCUGUUCUUGUUUUAUGAAAUUUUCAAUGAAGCAGUGUUUGUGGAACUCUGUAUUUUGAAUUG